GACGCCGCGCCGGCCGGCACUGCCUGCAGAGACCGUUCCGAGACUGCACCACGCGAUUGAAGGCGCCCGGGAAAUUCUGCAGCCUGAGGAUCCGGUUCAUCCAAGGUGCCAUAGGACGUGCUCGUUGUGCACUGCCCCGAAUUUUUCCGCUUUGGAGCUGCUUGACAGCCAUUUUGCAUCGCGUGCCUAGGAUCCUUGCAUUCUGAAUUUGCUCAGGGACUGUGCUCAAAGUUGAAAUUGCACAAAGCACAACUCAAGCUUGCACCAGACAGAACGUGAGCCUGGACCCCGUGCAUGGCCCAGGAGGGGGAGCGGUGAUGGAUCCCUGACGUGGAAGAGCUGGUGUGCAGUGGCACUGCCUAUGCUGCCCUGCUUCCAGCUGCUGCGCAUUGGGGGCGGCAGGGGCGGCGACCUCUACACUUUCCACCCCCCAAGCGGAACUGGCUGCACCUAUCGUUUGGGCCGCAGGGCCGACCUGUGUGAUGUGGCCCUGCGGCCCCAACAGGAGCCCGGCUUCAUCUCCGGAGUCCAUGCAGAGUUGCACGCUGAGCGCCAGGGUGAUGACUGGAGGGUCAGCCUGGAGGACCACAGCAGCCAAGGGACUUUGGUCAACAGUGUCCGACUCCCUAAGGGUCACAGGCUGGAGUUGAGCGAUGGUGACCUUCUGACCUUUGGCCCUGAAAGGCCCCCAGGAACCAGCCCCUCGGAGUUCUACUUCAUGUUUCAGCAAGUCCGAGUCAAACCUCAAGAUUUCGCUGCCAUCACCAUCCCACGGUCUAGGGUAGAAGAGGGAGCCGGGGUUGGGUUCCAGCCCAUGCUGCCUCCCCAGGGGGCUCCGCAGCGUCCCCUCAGCACCCUGUCCCCUGCACCAAAAGCCACACUGAUCCUCAACUCCAUUGGCAGCCUCAGCAAGCUCCAGCCACAGCCCCUCACCUUCUCCAGGAGGGGGGGUGGGCCACCGAGCCUACCUCCCCACACUCCCCAUGGGAAAGAGGGGACCACCCCUUCUGCCCCAACCCCAAGAAAUCGAAGGAAAUCAGCUCACCGGGUGUUGGCAGAAUUGGAUGAUGAGAGAGAGGCUCCUGAGAGCCCCCCAGUCCUUAGAGAGCCCAGGAAGAAACUCUGUGUAGAGAAGACUCCACUGACACCCAGUGGAAAUCGACUUGGGCAUCCUCCGAAGCACCCCGUGAGCACCCCCAUGACGCCUCCUGUGGUUGGGGGCGGGGAGCCCUGUGCAGCCCCUUGUUGCAGCCUGCCCCAAGAAGAAACAGUGGCCUGGGUUCAGUGUGAUGGAUGUGACCUCUGGUUCCACGUGGCCUGUGUUGGCUGCAGUAUCCAGGCUGCCAGGGAGGCUGACUUCCGGUGCCCAGGGUGUCACAUGGGCGUCCAGACCUAAGGCCCACCACCAAGGAGCCAGAGGGUAGAGCUGGCCAUGGGUGGACACAGUGGGACACCAGUGGGUCCUAAGAAAUCCCUCUUCUCUUGCCUCCCCAGGAGGGAAUGACUACAGGGCAGAGGCCCAUUGCUAUGGAUCCCAGGUCUGGAACAGGCCCUCUCGGCCAAGGUGACAGAAGAGAUGGCUUCCUGCCAAAGAUAAUGCCUUCAGGAAGUUGCUAGUGAGCUGUAAAUUCCGUUACAAGUCAUAGAUCCUUACUGUCACGGACACUAGUGUCUGAUCAGAGCAUCAUCAACUACAGAGACCACCUGUGCCUGAAGAUAUAAGCCCCAGACCCAAACAAGUGAGUUCUCAACUUGGAUGGCACCGCCUAAGGCAUUCUGGGAAAACCUAGGGCACAGCCCCCAAACUCUAAUCCUACCGCUGACUAUGUUUGUAGCCUGUGGCCUGGCUUUUCAGAGGUUUGCUUCCAUUUCCAAAUAAAGAAUGAAAAUAUUAA